UAUAAAUGACGCAAUACUAGAUUAUCCUGAGAGAUAGAGGUCCAUCCUCUUUGGGUAAAACUGGACAUGAAGGAGGGAUAAUAAUGAGAACCACUGGGACAACAAUAAAAUGAGCUAACAACUACAUUUAUACUGCUGUAAAGCUCUACAGGGCUCCAUAACAGCAGCAACCUUCCCAUAAACAAAGAACAGCUUCAAAUUCCACUGUUUAGUUUUUUUCUCGACUCGGCGCAUAGAAGAUAAUUUACAGGAUAAUUCCUUAAUUGGACUCAAGCAUUUUCUUCAGAUGGAUGUUGAUGAUAAUAUGACACGUAUUAUCCUUGGGGGGCAUGUACAGCUUUCAAAAUAUAGAUAUUUUUAUUUCUCAAUUACUUUUCUUCUCUUCAUUCUAAUUAUCUGCAGCAAUACUAUUGUUUUAUAUGUCAUCUAUGCCCAUGAAAGCCUUCACAAACCCAUGUAUAUUUUUGUUGCUGCUUUGCUUAUGAACGCCCUGUUUGGAAGCAUGACCAUCUAUCCCAAACUUCUUGUGGAUCUGCUGUCAGCAACCCAAACAAUAUCCCUCCCUGCCUGCCGGUUACAGAGCUUUUUAAUAUACGUAUAUGCUAGUUGUGAAUUCACACUGUUGUCAGCGAUGGCUUUUGAUAGGUAUGUAUCCAUAUGCAGACCUCUCCAAUACCACUCCCUUGUCAGGACACAAACUGUCAAAUUAAUUUUGGUUUUGGCUUUUUGUUUGCCUAGUUGUAAAAUUGGAAUUGGUAUUAUUUUGUCAACUAAUGCAGGACUAUGCAAGUUUGUGAUAAUGAGAAUUACUUGUGAUAACUAUUCUCUUGUCAAAGCGGGGUGUGGGCACUCUAGUGUAAUUAAUGCAUAUGGGCUUUUUGUAAUGGUACUUUCUAUAGUGCCACAUCUAAUAUUUAUUGCGUUUUCUUACACGAAAAUAUUAAUCAUUUGUCUGAGGAGCUCCAGGGAUUUCAGGAGAGGAGCUCUUAACACGUGUCUCCCCCACCUUGUUAUAUUUCUGAACUUUACCAUAAUCAUUAUGUUUGAUGUCAUUCAAAAUCGUAUCCCAUCUGGCAUACCGCAUAUUGUUCGUCUUAUAGUAUCUCUACUGUAUGUUGUGAUUCCUCCUCUCUUCAAUCCUCUCAUGUAUGGAUUUAAAAUGCAAGAGAUAUCUCAACGUCUUGUAGCACUAUUCAAGCAGAAAUAACAGCAUUUGACAGACAA